GUGUCAACAUUUCAAUAUCAAGAGGAGUGGCCAGCACUUCACAGUAUACUCCUGCUCUAAUAAGAGAUGCAAUAAGAACGCAUUUUAAAACCAAAAGAAGAAAGUGGUCACUAARCAAAAAGGAGACAGAGACCUACCUUAAACAUCAGAGGAAAAGAAGCCGCAUGAAUACAAAACGGCUCCGUCGACUCCAGGCCUUAAAUGAGUCUACCUCAUUAACARAUGAAGACAAGAAGAUGAUGAGGCCUAUCAUAGCAAAUGAYUUCAUUUCCUCUGAUGAGUCUGUGUCAGAAUCAUCUGAGUCUCCCCAUAGCAGUGACAGUGAAGGAGAGCAGCCGAUAAAGAAACCAAAAAUUUUGAUCCAURAAAGACUUACAUGGAGGAGUCAAGAUGCAAAMAUUCUUAUGAAAAGACUUGAUCGAAGGAUAUCAAGGAAGAGAACCACAAGGGGACAGUCUAUGGUCAUCCCCCGUAGAGAGGUAUAG